UCACUGUGUUGCGUAUGUCUCUUCAGUCUUUUCUCUCUGUUUUCCGGCGGGGAACGCUUUUCCCCUUCUCUCCGUCUUUCGUCGAACUCGAAAGGGCAAAAUUCCAACACAUACCACAGACCUCUCCGGCGAUCAUGGCGUUCAAGCAGAUCCUGAGCCGCGCUCUAAGAAGCCGCCCUGACCAGAUCCUCUCGUCCCCGUCCGCUUUCUCCGCCGCUAGGGCUUUCUCUUCGGCUCCAAUCACGGCCACUCUCUUCCCCGGCGACGGUAUCGGCCCCGAGAUCGCGGAAUCUGUGAAACAGUGUGGGUACAUACAGAUUUUCAGGGAAGCCGAGGUACCAAUUGAAUGGGAAGAACAUUAUGUUGGGACCGAGAUAGAUCCUAGAACCCAGAGCUUUCUGACAUGGGAAAGUUUAGAGUCGGUGAGAAGAAACCGAGUGGGUCUGAAAGGGCCAAUGGCUACACCAAUUGGAAAGGGCCAUCGUUCUUUGAAUCUCACUCUCAGGAAAGAACUUAACCUGUACGCCAAUGUCAGGCCUUGCUACAGCCUUCCUGGUUACAAAACCCGGUAUGAUGACGUGAAUCUCGUCACCAUUCGUGAAAACACUGAAGGAGAGUACAGUGGACUUGAGCACCAAGUGGUGAGAGGUGUGGUUGAAAGUCUCAAGAUCAUUACUCGCCAGGCAAGUUUGAGGGUGGCUGAAUAUGCUUUCCACUAUGCAAAGGCUCACGGAAGAGAGAGAGUUUCUGCGAUUCAUAAGGCUAACAUCAUGCAGAAAACUGAUGGUCUUUUUCUUAAGUGCUGCCGUGAGGUUGCUGAGAAGUAUCCUGAGAUCACAUACGAAGAGGUUGUCAUUGACAACUGUUGCAUGAUGCUUGUGAAGAAUCCAGCUCUUUUCGAUGUGUUGGUUAUGCCUAAUCUCUAUGGUGACAUCAUCAGCGAUCUUUGUGCUGGUCUAAUUGGUGGUCUGGGAUUGACGCCAAGCUGCAAUAUUGGUGAGGGAGGAAUAGCUCUUGCUGAGGCUGUCCAUGGUUCUGCCCCUGACAUUGCUGGGAAGAACCUCGCAAAUCCAACUGCUCUGCUCCUGAGUGGUGUCUCCAUGUUGCGGCAUCUGGAACUCCACGAUAAGGCAGAUAGGAUUCAGAAGGCCGUUCUUGAAACCAUCGCCGAAGGAAAGUACCGAACAGCAGAUCUCGGCGGCAGCUCUACAACAUCUGAUUUCACAAGGGCCAUUUGCGACCACCUUUGAAGACAUGAGAAAAAGCAGUUCAAUUUUUGCUUCAAGUUCAAACCCGAAGAAGAAACCUUUGCUUUACGUUGCUCUUCAUUUUAUGACGGGAAUAAAUUUCAUGACCGUUGUGGCUAUUUUUACUACACGCACUCGAGCUAUUUUAUUGUUUGCUUUUUCGUCGCUAAAUUGUAUAGAGCCUGGAGUUGCUUGCUCUUGUCUAAUUCAAUUCUUACAAAUUGAUACCAAGUAUUGAGAAAUUCAAUUUUCUUAUACUGUUUUCUUUGCUUGUUCGCUCUCUCGUCUUGAAAAAAACUGGAGAUUUGAGCUCCAGAUUCUAUGUAAUGAAAAUGUUCUAGAGCAAUUCGC